AUGAGCGACUACCCAAUCUCGUCGUUUACACAACACUUCAAGGGAGAGUUCCUCUUCGUCUUCAUCGAGAAGUGCAACACAGCAAAGUUCGACAGCGCUGACAAGCCUCCAAAGUGUUUAACGAUGAUAGGCGAGAAGUCAAUCAUCCAAUGGCAGCUCGAAGUUCUCGAAAAAGCAGAGGUGGAGUCUGUUGACAUUGUCGUGGGGAAGACCCACGAGAUACCAAUCAAGGCGGGACUUGAGAAGUUCACAACGAGGGUAAAAGUGAACGUAUUGGUGUACGAAGACGCAGAGGCGAUCGACAGAUACAAAGAGGAAAACCGAGAGAAGAUACUGACGUAUCAAAACGUCUUUAUUAUAGGGUCCGAUUUAAUCUUCGACAUCCAAACCCUCACUGCGUUUGUCAACAAGCACCGUAUUGAGAAUAGCUUUUUGAGUAUUCUCUCGUCUGAAGUGAAACGUCCGACAGAGAAAAAGAACGAGAAGGUGUUUGUCCCCGUCGAAGAAGACAAAUCAAAGGACAUACUGAUCGUGAAUGAAAAGGGGAAUGUCUUUGGGAUGUUCUAUGGCAAUUGUAAAGACAGAGUCCUUAUCCCAUACGAUUUAUUGGAUCGGUACCCGUCAUUAAGUGUCGUCGACGAGAUCCAAACGCUCAGAACUUUCAUGGUGAGAAGUUCAGUCUUUGCGGACAUCUCCUUCAAAGAGAAGUUGUCUUCUCUCCACAAAGAUGUCCUCCCCCACUUCAUCAAACUCUUGAGAGGAAGAUUUGGACAGGACAUCUAUAACAAAACACUGAACGACCUUUUCAGUCACAUACCACGCCCUUUCGAACCACCCUGCAUUUACGUGAACGCCACUUCAAAGUUGUGUUUCAGAGCAUCUCAGAAGAAUGACAUUAAAAAAGCAGAAGGCAUGAUCAAAUCUGUCCUCAGUGUCAUCGCUGUGGCUAUUUGUGGAGAGUUUUUCCAAGUUAAUUUCGUUGAGCAAGGAGUCGAUUUCAGAUUGAAGUUUGUCGAUUUCAGUAUUGAGUUGGUGCUUUUUAGAGAGGAGUUCCUUUUGAGCCAUGACAUAACCUUGAAUUCUGGUGGGAACGAAUUCGAUGCGAAAGGCCCCGUCGUCGUCGAGAGAGGGAGAUGUGUCCUCAGAGAAUUCGAAGAGCGGAAAGUUCAAUUCCUCCUCUUCGAUGUUGUUCAACGACUGUCUCCGGACGAGCUGGAAGUUGGAGUUAUCGAGGAAUGGGGAGGUUGA